GCCUGGCUUCGAGAUUGGCGGGCCCUCUCCCCGGUGUCGAUGACGUGAUCGUGGGCGAGCGGACCACUAUCUUCCAGGCCCCGGUGACGACCGAGACGCUGCGCCGUUCCCUGGCGCUUACACGGACCUGGUGGUACCGGGCUGCGAAGACAAGGGCGAAGUCCACCAAGGAACAAGAUGGGAAGAUGCCGGCCACCCUCAACGGCAAGGUGCUCACGGCUUUCUUGAAGAACGGGCAGUCCCUUUGUGCGGGCUUUCAGCUUGGACGGUGCCGCCUGGAGCAGGGGGACUGUGCGAGUGCGCACCGGUGCGCGGUGGCCCUUCGGAGCGGGCGUGCUUGCGGUGGCAAUCAUCCGGCCGAGAUUUGCUACGACAAGAGGGCCUUGUUGGCACAGAUGGGGGGGAACCGGCAGCCCGAGCGCACCGGCGAUGGAGAGGCUUCGGGGCGUGACCCCGUGGUGCUUCGGGCGGCGAGCCCGGCAGCUUCUGGUGGUGCCGGAGGAGGCGAGGAGGCCCGUGCGAGGGAGAGCUGGCACAACUACUACCUCGCAACUGCCAGCGGCAGGUUGGACCUCAAGAGCAAAGACCGCGAGGAAGCAUUUUUGCACGCAUUCGAGCUGACCAAGAACUCCCUAUGGUCAGGGGAACACGUUCUCUUCCACUGUAUGGCUGGAAGACACCGAGCGGCAACCUAUGCCGGCUUGACUCGUUCCCUCCUCGCGUUUGAGAGUCUCCCAGACGCUCUCGAGUUCCUCAAGUCUGUUCGCGACGUCGAGCCGGAGAAGGUCUUGAGCGAGCGCGGCGUGCGGGACUUCGUGUAUCGAAUGCGCCGCACUAUUUCUAUUGGGCGCACGGCCCCGACACCCACGGCCUACCGGCGACAGCGAGCUCCAAUGUCCACGUGGCAGCCCGUCCCUCUGUGCAAGCACAACCAGUCGACGUCCAAGGCGCUGCGGCUGAAAGAUGCAUGGUCCACUUCAGAUCGGGAGGAAGCCGUGGGUUGGGACAUCCGCUUCUGCAAGAUGGCGCUGGCCUGGCUCGAUUUUGUGGGCUCCAUAGGUUCCGCGUUGUCUAGGGCGGGGCAAUUGCAUGAGGGACAGGCUGUUAGGGCCAGGGUCAUGCGAGUGUCCGCAGCUACUCAGCGCAAGCCGGGCGUGGUCGCCGCCAUGGCCGCACCCUCGUCAGUCACGCUAGUCCCGCGGGACGGGACGGAUAUCGCAACCACGUUGCAAGCCUUGGGCCUGAACUUCGGCCUGGACGAUAAGAUCGUGCAAGCCCUCCUUGCCACCAAGGUGCAGAACUUGGAGGAAGUAAGGUACUUCUUCGCUGACGAGGCGGCCGUGGACCCGUGGCUCAAGAAGACUGCCCUCGGCGAGGAUCACAAUGUUCAGGCGGCCCGGCUUCGCCGGUGUUGGGCUGCAAUCCGCCUUUACUUCAGCCAGUCUGAGGCCGACAGGUCGAAGGUUGCUUUGGCCGACUUGGAUUGUAUGCUGGGGGAGGGCGAGCUUCGGGAUUUGAAGACCAACUUUUGGCGGCGGUACCGCCAGCGUUACCCCCCUGAAGUACACCCUUCCGAUGCCACCAUCUCUCGCGUGAGCCGGGAAAUGGGGAAGCGCAUGUUAUGCAUCUUUUCGGUGUGGAAGGUGAAGAGCUUGCAGCAUCAGUUGCUCUCGUCGGUCAAGAAACGAAAGCUUGCCCCCGAUCUUUACACCGAGGAUGAUGAUCCGGAAGAGGCGGGACCUCGCGACGCGGACUCCUCCUUGGAUAGGCUCUUCACGCUUUGCCGGGCGUACGCUAUGGCAGGUACUAUGGCAGUUCCGGCCGCUCCGGCGGCGAUCGACGAGGCCAGCCUCGGGGCAGAUUCGACCUUGUUCGUGGCGGUCCCAGUGGGGUUUCGUGCCAAGAGGACCGCCGCCCUGGUGCCCACGACUCACAGGUUGUCUUGGCUUCAGGCUCGCGACCAGGAGGAGCGCGCCGAAUGGGUGGCUCGCUUCCGGGACUCGCAGAAAACCCUCGGGCAGGUCAUCAAGGAGGUCUACGUUGCCCGUGACCCGCAUUGGAUUCCCUUGUCUUCGAGCACCUCGGUGGGCAGUCCCAGUCAGCAGCAUGCUCCGAUGCCCCCUCCGAAGGCUGAGUCUCUCUUCCAGAUUUUGGGCACAAUUGCAGGAAAGAAAGUGGCGUCGUGCAUGAAGGACGGCAAGCAGCUUUGUCGCGAAUUCCAGCGGGGCAAGUGCAAUAAGAAGGACUGCACUUCGGGCAGGGUCGGGCCUUGGGGAUGUCGCUUCUUCGCCUGCCGCCGACGAUGCUGGUCAGCGAGUGUGCCUGUCCCCAUCCAUUGUGGAUCUGGUGCCGGACCCCGACAACCUGCUGUGCACAGCCUUCAUGUGGUGUGGUUGGCACGUUCUCCCGACCUCUGGGCUGCCGUCGGCCCCGGGGACCCUGGACGGUUCGACGCCCUUGCCGCUGACAUCGUAUCUGCCGACCUUCUGUUCGUAUCCCUGGACAAGGCGGCCAAAUCGCGAGCAGGGGAAGUGCCGGAGUUUUUCGACGAUGGCCGAGCUGGCCCAUACCUACUCUGCGACGGCGGCCCCGCCCCCACGCUCCUGGAGCAGCUCAACCUGGUGCAGGAUCCAUGCCAUGGCUGCAUCCUGGGUACUAUCGGCCGCUGCCUUGGAGGCGCCACUCUUGGGCCGGGCCACCGGGUCCCUCCCGGUGGCCUCAGUUCCCGCGUUGGCAAGCGCCAGCCGUUAAACAGCUUGCGUCGGCUGGGGUUUGGCAAGACACACCAUACUCGUCGUGCGUUUUCGCCGAGGCGAGAUGCCGAUGGCAGCGACUUCGCCGCAACAUCGACGAGAUUGCGUCCGGGCCACCGCUGUUGUGCCAGCACUUUCAUGAUCCCUCGAAGUGGGAGCCGUACUGGGUCGGAGGCGAGCUUCGGUUCCCGAGCCAAGAAGAGGCGCAAGUCACAGCCCGUUGGCCUUCUUCAUUGCUGUUGCUGCUUCUUGGUGGGCAGCCCGGCGAGGUUUAGCCGUGGUCCGCAUACACAGGCUACCGUCAGUGGAGACGACUGGGCAGGAGGGAGCAUUGGCUGCAGAUCGACCCCGUGGCGUGCGGUUGGGGGCGAUGGCACCUCUGGCCGUCUCGCAGGGACUUCGGCCUUGGCAAGUUGCCGGCGUGUCGUGACCAAGGGCUUGGUGCCGGCGGGUUGCGUCUACGUCGGACAGGGCAACUACCAGCACAGGCUUCCCACCUCCAAGUGGCGCAACCCCUGGGUCGCAGGCCACACUUGCGACCCAGGGCAGACUUUGGCACGGUAUUCAGACUUUGUGGUGGCCGAACUGUGGCAUGACCGUGCGAGGCUGACGUGUUGGCGGGGCUCCUUUUCAUUCGCCUUGGGGGAGGCACUCUGCCUCACCAUCCGCCGACCAGCUCCGAGGCAAGAGCAGCGUGGGACACAGCCGGCUCGGUUAGAUGAGUGGGAGGGACCCCUCGUUCCAAUCGCGGCCGAGCGGCAGCAGCGUUUUCGGCAGCGCACGGCCGAUGGCUUACAGGUCGGGGCUUCCACGCAUCGGGCAGCCCUGCCCCCGCUCUUGCCGUUUGGCCUCUCAGUGGACGAGCACUUUGAGCAAUCGCUUCACCUGGGCACCCAGCCGCUUCAAACAGAGUUGCACCCUGUGCUCGACGCCGACCUUCUUUUCGCGGCCGAGAUCCAUGCGAAACACAAGGGUUCCCUACGGCCCAUGCGCCAGCGCGCGGUGGGGGCACUCAAGGAGCUGAAGCGGAGAUGGGAACCGGUGGGUGCGCGACUGCGAGCCAGGCAGCCGCAGGAUGCCGAACCGAUCUCCCUCGAGGACGUGCUGGGAGAUUGGCAGACGCACAACACCGAGACGAUCCGGCGGUUGAGGCCAGGCGGGUGUACAAAGGCUGUUGAGAGGACAGCCGUUCAGGGUGAUACCCCGCUGCGUAAGUAUGCAGGGGUCAGGCCGGCUCAGCACGUGCGGGCCACCAUUAGCCACAUGUCCGAGGCGGAACUCGCGAUUGCUAAGGCCGAGGUGUACGCCGGCCUUUUGUUCGGACUUCCACUGGCGGUGACCUCUUUCAAUCGGUACUCGCGCCUGGUCGAGGCCCUCGGGCGCCGCCUCGUGCUGACAUUGGUCUCCCUCUACUUCGACGACGCCACAGUGGGAGACUGGGCCUCCUCGAAGGGCUCGGGUCAGUGGGCAUUCGGGCAGCUCAACACGUUGUUGGGCACCCCCUUUGCUGACUCCAAGAGGCAGCCCAUGUCACAUCGCGGGGAUUUCCUGGGCCUCUCGCACGACAUGUCUCGGGCUCUCUCCGAUGGGGUCGUGCACUUUUGGCCUCGCGACAGGAUCGUGCAGAAGGUCACCACCAUGCUGGCCGAGGCGGGGUCGAGUUCUUGCUUGCACCCAGGUCAGGCCGCCAAACUCUACGGGAUCCUCAACUUCUUCGAGCAAGGGGUUUAUGGCAAAGUCGGGGCAGGGAGCCUCUGGGCCAUUAAAGAGCGGCAGUACGAGGCGACCACGCAGAUUACGCCCGACCUUCUGGACAACUUCAGGUACAUUCGAGCCAUCAUUCGAGCCAAGCCUCAAAGACAACUGCCCGUGUUGCCGCUACCAUGCAAGCGCUUUGUGUGUGCCUCAGACGCGGCUGAGGAGCCAGACACUGGCGGUACCGGUGGCUUCCUCGUCGUCUGGUUCAGCGGGUCGCGGCAGACCCGUGAGGGCUUUGUAGCCGAUAUCCACCCCUGGUGGUAUUCGGUGUGGCAGUCCGCCGAGGUACACAUCGCGCAGCUGGAAAUUUCUAUGGUGGUGGCAUACGCAUUGCUAGGGCGCCCGGAGCAUUUUCGGAAUCGCCGCGGCAUCUGGUUCCUCGACAACGUCGCCUCGUUGAUGGCCCUAGUAAAAGGACGGUCCUCUUCCAGAGACCUCGAGAGCUUCGCUCAUAUGGUGCAUAUGCUGCUACUUGGGCUCAACACCCAGAUGUGGUUCGAGUACAUUCCGUCAAAGUCGAAUUGGGCUGAUGCCAUUUCCAGACUAGGGCGGGACGAUCCCUGGCAUGUCAGCCAGUCUUUUUCAACUUCGGUUAUCCGCUUCCCACGUGUUGUUUGGGGGUUGCCGCCGUCCGCUUUGCUCACACUGGCGAGCUUUCGCUAA